GCCCGCCACGUCAGCCAUUCAAACCGUAUAUAUAUUCGAAACUCGUCUCUCGCUCUCCCAGUUCACUCUGACGAACAUCAAACCUCGAAAUUAAGCAGCAUGCAGAAGUCAAGUAAUAAGCGACCCAAACUCACCGGCCCUUCUUCUCCGGCCAGCCACCAGUCAACAAAACUUCCGCGUCUCACUAACGAGCAAGAGCUCGCCGUCAUGGUCGCAACUCUCACUAACGUAAUCUCCGGCGCCAACUCCAACGGCUCCCUCAAUUCCGGUUUCUUUCCUCAAUCCCAGUUACAAUACCCCACGACCAAAGCAAAUACAGGGCCGGUACUUCCCCCCUCUGCUCUCGACACGUGUCAAGUAUGUAGAAUCGACGGCUGCCUGGGCUGCAACUUUUUCGCGCCAAAUAAGGAAGAAAACAAGAAAUCGAGUUCGCGAAAACGUGUGAAGAAGAACUACAGAGGAGUAAGGCAGAGGCCGUGGGGGAAAUGGGCGGCAGAAAUAAGGGACCCAAGAAAGGCCCAGCGGGUGUGGCUCGGGACAUUCAAUACUGCGGAGGAGGCGGCUCGGGCUUACGAUAGAGCCGCCAUUGAAUUCCGAGGCCCAAGAGCUAAGCUCAAUUUUCCAUUCCCUGAUAGCGUGGAACAGAGUCAACAACAGAGAGUAGAAGAAAAUGCCACAAAUGGAGAUAUUGGACCAGAAAUGGAAUUCUGGGAGAAAAUUGGAGAAGAUGAAAUUCAAGAGUGGAUGACAAUGAUGGAUUUUGGUGGAGACUCAUCAGAUUCUGCCACUACAGUUGCUGAUUACUACAGUCAAUGAAUUUGUAUAAAAUUCAUCAAAUUUUUAAAAAAUUUCAAGUUGUUUGUGCAACUCUGCAUUUCUCAAUUACACAAGAUAUAUGUAAAUUGUGACAUCAAAAGCAAUAGCAGCAGCAGUAGCAGCUUCUCUUAAUCUCUUCUCCGUGUCUCUGUCACCGUUGUUGGAUUUGUACGCAGGACUCUGUUUUUGGGUUGCCAAGAAAGUACGGGGAAAGCAUGGGACCCACUAAUGGACAAAAAAAAGAACUCAGUGGGGCCCUUCCCAUCAAUUUCUGUAGGACCGUGUUUGACCCAUUCAAAAUAGCCUGAAGUCAAGUUGUGCUAUAAAACAGCAUGUGCGUGAUUAGUUUGUUGAAUCAUAUUUAACAUGUGCGCA